AUGCUUUGUUGUUUGCUUACCGUGGUGAUGUUUUCAACUUUGCUUCUGGAGAGCGAGGAAGAAAGGAUUGCCACGGCUCGUGCGGAGGUGACGAAGCGCAUUAAAGCCCUCGGCGCUGCGGGCCGUGUACGCGAUGCCAUCAGCGCCCUUGCAGGGCUUGCAAACCUGGGGAUACAGCCCGACACCCCCGCCGCGACGGCGUUGGUUCAGGCGUGCUCGCGGGACAUGGACAUAGCCCAAAGCAUCUUCGAUGAGAUGUUCGGGGAGUUUCUGACACCCGACGAGGUGUCCUUUGCCGUACUUCUAAGAGGUUACGGAGCACUCAACCCGCCCGACUGGCCGCGAAUCGAUGCCACGUUGACCACAAUGCGCAUGAAGUACGGCAUCGAGCCAACAGCAGUAUCCUUCAACGCGCUGCUGGAGAUCUGCUGCCGUACAUCCGACGUUGACCGAGGCCAGGACAUCAUUGACCGCAUGGCAGCGGACGGCGUUGAGCCCGACGAGUUCACGGAAGAGCUGCCCUUCGGAAGCAGCUUCGCAAGCAACACCAUCGCGGCAGCAGACACACUCAAACCCAACGUGCGUAGCGGCGCUGCCAACAUCCCCACCACCACAACCGCCACGGCCGCGCUCAACAAAACUGCUGGUAACAACAUAACCCACACCGGCAUCGACACCGGCUUACCGUUGCUGGCCUCCGUUGCAGCCUGCCACGUGCGCGGCAUCGUGGCCCGCGCCAUCACCAUCGCCAUCACCAUCGCCACCAGCACGACAGCAGCGGCGGCAGAAGGGCUUCAACACCAACUAAGCCGCAUCUUCUCCUCCCUCUUUUCCUUUCCUUUCCCUUCCUCUGUCAACCUCCCCAGCCUCUUCCCCCUCCUGUGCCCCCCUGCGAUGGCGACCACGACCCUCUUGGUGGUGUUCGCGACGGGCGUCCUGACGGGCCGGGUACUUGAGAAAAGAGAGGCGAGGCGGACGCGCGGCGGCGGUGGCCGUACUGCCGACGCGGCAUCUCAGCACCUGCGAACUCGGGAGCUGGAGCCUACACAUGAUGAUGGGAAGGCGCUAAAGCAACAACAGCAGAAAAGGGAGGAGGGAGAGGCGCAGCAACAGCAGCCGCAGCAGCAGCUGCAGCAGGAGGAGGAGGGAGUGGCGGAGGAGCAGGGGGUGCAGGGGAGGCGACGACGUGGUGUGUUGAGCUUCCUUUUCGGUGGCGGUGACGUCAAGCAGUCGUUGGAGUCCUGCGUGGCGAGCGACGCUAUGUCGUACACGAGUACAACGCAUGAAGUGAAAGAGGUUGCCGUGCGGCACGGAGUCAAUGGGAGCAACGGCGGCGCUGCCGCCAUCAUGGGCCCCGCAACACCGCCGCCGCGUGACGCCAGCUCUGCGUCAGUGACCUUGGAUGCUGCCGCCGCCGCCGCUGCCGCCGCCGCCGCCGCCAUCGAGGCCGCCGCCGCCAUUAGUCAUCCGACUCACCUGUGGUACAUCACGUUGCACGAUCUGGAUUAUUUUCGUCUACGGGCCGAGCAGGACGUUGCCGUACACGGUGCGGGGCCUUGGACCCACAUGAUGGACCGGGAAGUGCCGCGAAGUUACCGCUACACCGCGUGGCGUCGUACAUUACCCAACGGCCUAACCGAAUACCGGUCCGUAACGAUAAUACCGGACUGUAGCCCGCUCGAGUACGUGGACUUCUCCUUCGACGACAACGCCAGAUGCCGGUGGGAGGGUUUCAUGGUCAGUGCGGAGGUUAUGGAGGCGGGCAACCAGCGACUCAGGCAGCAGGUGGUUAGGUGGAUCAGGUCGUUUCCUUUUGGAUUCAUAACCGACCGGCAGUACAUCAUUGCACGUGCGCUCAUGAGCAUCACCCCCGACGGUGCCGUACACGCCGGCCUGCCGCCGGCUCGCCACUUGACGUCCCGCCACGCCGGCGGUGACGCUGACGUCAUGCCUGUUGCCGACUUGUACUGCAUCACCAAGAGCAUCGACCACCCUGGAGAGUACGACGGAACCACCGGCAAGGUCGUACAGAUCUCGGAUUACUAUAGCAUGUGGCGCUGCAGGACGGUCACAUGCCCCUGGGGCGGAGAACGCCCCGCCCUGGAGGUGGUGUUGCUGCACUCGGAAAACAUGAAGAUUCCGGAGAGGCUGGCCAGAAUGGCCAUCAGCCUUGGCAUGAGCAAGUUCGUACACACCAUGGCCGCCGCCGUACCGAGCUUCGUACGGGAGCGUCGCACCCGCUGUACACCCAUGCAGCCCGAUCCGCUGGCAUAUGGCCACCACCACCACGUGUACGGCCCCGCGGCACGGGGCGCCGCUGCGGCGUCGGCUGCAGCCGCGACGGCGGCCGCCGCGAUGCCGCUAUUGCUGAACAGCACUGAGAGCGCUGAGCUUCCGCCGCCGCCGCCGCCGCCGCCGCCGCCAGGACCAGUGACGCUGUCGUCGUGCCGCGCUGCACAGCCGCCAUCGCCGGCAUCCGCCGGCACCGGCGCUGAGGCGGCUGCCGCCUGUACGGCUGUGCUGCCGUCCACGCCGGCAAUCGUACGGACCCUAUGGCAGCCGGUCGUUGGGGCAUCUGGGUCAGCAGCAACCCCCCCAGGACGUCACGUCACGGCGGGCGGCGGGCUGCCGUACGAGGUCGCCAGUGGCGGCGGCGCGGCGCCGGCCUCACGGUUCAGCCUGACGGAUGUGACGCUGGGCCGUGGCGGUGACGGCGCAGGGCAGUACGGCAUCGGCCGCGUAAGUACGGAGACGGCAAUCGGCGGGGCGGCCGCCACGGAGGCCAGGAGCUUGGAUGCGGCCGCCAGUGGCGGCGUUGCGCCCGACUCUUGGAUUGGUCUGGCACGCGCUAUGACGACUUCGGGGCUCUGGCACCGUCAGGAUCUCCCCCCGGUGGCGCUAUCUUCAGCCUGGGGAGCCAGCCGGGGGGGCAGUAAUAGCGGCCGCGGCGGCGGCGGCGGCGCGGGUCGCUGGGUUCGUCGUACUGCUCUCAUAGCAGUGGCGCUGCUGGCGCUUCGACGUUGGCGGCACGGCGGCCCGAAGGCGCGGCGUGGCGGCGGUGGCGGCGGCGGCGGCGGCUUCACACCCUGCGCUGCAGAUGACGACAACGGCGCUGACGACGUCAACCACCACCUAAAACGCGACCGUGUCGCGGCGUCCUCUCCCGUCGCUGCCGCGGCCGGCAGCAGUUUACGACAGUUUGAUGGUGACGUAGACUGCUGGGACGGCACAGACGGCGAGGAUGGCCGUGCCCAUAUCCACUUGCUGCAGGAGCCGUGGGAUCAGCAGCGCCCUCGGAAUGAGGAUGGCACACCGCCCUAG